UCAUUCAAUCACAACAACAGAAGGCACACUCACUCACUCACUCACCGGGUCAUUUUAUUUUAUUUUAUUUUCUCAAUUUUGUUCAACAAUCUCAGAGCGCUCUUCUGCUCCCAACGCAUAUGCAUACUGCACAAUCACCACCACCAUCCUUCGAGUAAUAUGGAGAUCACGAGCAGCCAUAGCAGCGGCAGCAUGAUGUGGUUUUUCAAAGAUAAGGGCUUUGAUGACAACAGUGUGCAAGGAAUGUUCCGAAAGUGCCGGCGCCUCGAGGGUGUGCAUCAGGAAAGAGCAAGUGAGAAUUGGGACUAUUUGAGAAGCAUUGGCAUUGAGGAAAGGAAACUGCCCUCAAUUGUUUCGAAAUGCCCCAAAAUUCUUGCACUAGAUCUUUAUGAGAAGAUUGUGCCCACUGUUGAGUGUCUCAGGACAUUAGGAACAAAACCUAAUGAGGUUGCUUCUGCCAUAGCAAAGUUCCCUCAUAUACUCUCAAACAGUGUGGAAGAGAAGCUUUGUCCCCUUUUGGCAUUCUUUCAGACUCUAGGUAUCCCUGAAAAGCAAAUUGGGAAAAUGAUACUGCUCAACCCUAGGCUUAUUAGUUACAGCAUUGAAACAAAGCUGACGGAAAUUGUGAACUUCCUUGUGAACCUUGGUCUCAGUAAGGAUGGAAUGAUCGGAAAAGUUAUAGUCAGGGACCCGUAUAUUAUGGGUUAUAGUGUCGAUAAGAGGCUUCGCCCUACUUCAGAUUUUCUGAAGUCAAUAGGGCUGAGUGAGGCAGAUCUUCAAGCGGUGGCUGUGAACUUCCCAGGAAUCUUGAGUAGAGAUGUGAACAAGCUUUUGGUACCCAAUUAUGCGUAUCUAAAGAAACGUGGAUUUGAAGAGAGACAGAUAGUUGCUUUGGUGGUUGGUUUUCCUCCUAUUCUGAUCAAGAGCAUUCAGAAUUCGUUAGAACCGAGGAUCAAGUUUUUAGUAGAUGUAAUGGGGAGACAAGUUGAUGAAGUCAUUGAUUAUCCUUGCUUCUUUCGGCAUGGCCUGAAGAGAAGAAUAGAGCCACGAUACAAACUUCUAAAGGAGAGGAGUUUAAAUUGUAGCUUGAGUGAAAUGUUGGAUUGUAAUAGGAAGAAGUUCUUCAUGAAGUUUGGCUUGUUAGAAGGCCAUGCCUUGAGUAACUAGAUCUCAUCUCUUUUUUUUGUUAUUGAUUUUCAUAAUUAGUUAAAUAGUUUAUUAAUAUUGCUGUCCUCUGAUGUUGGAGUCAGUAACUUCCAAGGAUUUUUGUUAUUCCAUGUAUGUCUGAUCUUUUGUUCAAAUUCAUAAUGUUGUCAUCUGUUGUAACUAAGAUGAUAGGUUAUCCUUUGGAUCUAUGAUAGAGAUAUGUUUGCCUGGAAUCUGUACCAACGGUUGCCCUGCCAUCAUAUGAAGCCGAGUCACCAGAUGAAGCAGCUUUUGUCAUAGCUGCAAGGGAGCAUAUCAUUGCAUGAAUUGAAUUAUGAAAUUGAAAAAAAGGUUGACAGGUUGGCUAGCUAGCUCCUUUUACCAUGUUUUUGUUGUAGUUAUACAUAUCUGCCCUAUUUAUAGAUGCACUCCAAAAUUCUCACCUUAGAUGUGAGAUUAUCUAAUUUUUAUUUAA